AUGGGAAAUUGGACAGAGGAGUUACCUCAAAUGAAGGAAUAUGAGGUAAAUAGAUGUGUAAAGCCACACGACUUCGGAACAGUGACAGAAUACAAGCUGCACCACUUCGCAGAUGCCUCAGAAUUGGCUUACGGGGCGGUGUCAUACCUUGUCAUGAAAAACACUGAAGGUCAAUUACAUAGCAGCAUUGUAAUGGCAAAGUCACAUCUUGCACCAGUAAAAAUGAUGACAAUCCCUCGACUCGAGCUGUGUGCUGCAACGUUAGCAGCUAAACUAGAUGUCAUGCUGAGGCGUGAGUUGGAUCUACCCAUAAGUGAUUCAAUAUUCUGGAGAGACAGCACGAUUGUGCUUCAGUACAUAAGAAAUGAAGAUGGAAGAUUUCAUACCUUUGUGGCUAACAGGGUAGCCAAAAUCCACAAUGUAACCGAACCAGCUCAGUGGCACCAUGUAGACACAAGUUCAAACCCAGCCGAUGAACUAUCAAGAGGAAUGACAGCCAGUGAGAUAAAGAAAAGUUCGAGAUGGCCGGAAGGGCCAAAGUUCAUCUUGAUGGCUGAAGAAGAUUGGCCUAAAGAACCAAAAGUAAUGGAGCCCCUGAAACAAAGUGAUCCAGAGCUGAAGAAACCGAAGGAGAUUGCACAGACAUAUGCUGUAGAGUUGGAAGAAAAUAGUGCCACAGCCAAGCUGAUCAAGCAAUAUUCAUCAUGGCAUAAGCUAAAGAAAGCCGUAUCAUGGGUUUUGCGUGUGAGGAGCUAUCUUCGGAACAAAGACAAGUAUAAGGAAAACAACAUGAAGAAACCACUAACAGUAGACGAACUCGACAAAGCAGAACAAGCAGUAAUAAGAUAUGUGCUAGGGCAAUCCUACCUAGAUGCCAGAUGA